AUGUUUAUGGUUGUGGGAAUUUUGGAUAUUCCCAAGUGGAAUUGUGACGUCGGAUUGGAUAUUCCCACGUGGAAUUGUGACGUCAUUAUGGCCAUUCAGACGUGGAGUUGUGACGUCAGUAUGGUCAUUCCCACGUGGAAUUGUGACGUCAGUAUGGCCAUUCAGACGUGGAAUUGUGACGUCAGUAUGGUUAUUCCCUCGUGGAAUUGUGACGUCAGUAUGGUCAUUCAGACGUGGAAUUGUGACGUCAGUAUGGCCAUUCCCACGUGGAAUUGCGUGGGCAGUAAUCGCGAAAAUGGUCACCAGGGAGGAUCUAUGCGUCGUUCCUUCUCGAAGUCAGCCUCUGACCUCCUCAACCGAUCGAGAGCGGGAUCGGGGGAGAGAUCCGACGCCAACUCCCCCGGCGGCUCCCCCCCGCUGGAGGCGCGGAAGGCGGGCGAGGGCGAGCGUCCGAGGGUCAGCCUGGCCAACAAGCCCUCAGCCACUGCUUUCUUCAACACUCUGCGCACAAAGUUCCACCGCACGAGGAGCAAGGAUGGCAAGCUUUCGAGAAGGAAGGACAUCCUCCUUGACGGCGUGAGGAGCAACUCGCAUCCUGAUGUGAGUGUGGAGCGGCAAGACAGCACCACCGACUACGCUGCGGAUAAUUCUUCGGCCGAGCACUCCUCCUCCUGCACGCCGGUGUCCAUGUCUCCGAGGCGAGGCCCGAUGCUGUCCCAAAACCGUCAGAAUUCCCAGGGUAAAGGCGUCGAGGGGUCAUAGUGGUGUCGUUUGUUAUUAUCAUUAUUUUGUUUUUAUUCGUUUAUUUAUUUAUCUGUUUAUCUUUUUUUAUUUUUUGUGGGGGGGGGAUUUGUUUGGUUUAUUGGGUGUUAGUUUUUUAGAUGGAGAGGGAUAUGUGUUUUUUUUUUGUGUGUGUAUUUGUUAUUGGGAAUUUUUGUCUUAUUUUUUUUUAUUAUUAUUUAGAGAUAGACUAGACCGUUUUAGUUGUCUCAGGUAUAUUUUCUUUAUUGCCUUUGUCAUUUUCCAUUAUUUGUUUUUUAUUAUUAGAGGACUCGUUUUAUUUUUAUUUUUGGUUAUUUAGUGACUGGAUUUAUUAGUCAGAUCAAUUAGAUAAUUGUUUUUUGGUCGAUAUAUGUACAGUUUUGUUUUUUUAUAAUGUGUAGCUUUCCGCUCUUCUACUUUUUGCAUUUUCAGAAAUGUUACUUUCUUUACGUAAUGAAAUAUAUGUUAACUUCAUUUUUAAUUGUAAUUGGAUAUUCUACUCAUGCAUUCGGUGUUUAGUUUGUGUUAUACACUAACUUAAGAAUCAUUUUUUUCAGUAUUUGUAAUCUAAUUGUACUCUGGACCAGGUGAUCAGUUACCAGGUUAUGUGGAAAAGACUUGAAAUUUUAUUUUGCUCAGACGUAUCUGCAAAUAUUUGUUUAUUAAAACAAUAUAUAAAAUAAAGGUCGCAACUAAUCUAGUAUUAUUUGUCUUGAUUACGAAAGAAGUCAUUCGUAAGAAUAAAGUUUUAUGU